UCGGUUGGGCGGAUAAAAUCGUGCAACUAGCGCAGAACGUGCAGCAACGACAACAACAUCCACGUGCGUUUUGCAUGUGCCAAGAAAGACUGCUUUAUGGUUGUGCAGGUUGUUUGAGUUCUGAAGUUGUUGCUCGGUGGAUAAAGUAUUGGCAUUGGUGUGUGGUGUGAUACACUUUCGGUGCAACCGGGUUUCAAAGUGCUUUACAAACUUAUGUACAUUUAGAGAAAAACGACAAGGGUGAAUAAUUGACGUGACAAAGUUCAAGUGAUCGUUGAAAGACGGCAUAAACUGAUCACGACAGAAUACUGUGAAUUGGAGUAGGAUAACAAUACUAAAUGCUGUUAGCAUGAUCAAAAUGGUGCGCUUAAAUCUGAUUGUUUGGAUCGGUUGCUGUGCCUGUUUACUGCUGCAGGCACCGUGGGUAGUGGCCGCGGGACACGAUCCACCGCCCGGGAACCGCCCCAUCCAGCUGGAAGACAUCGAGCGGGACAAUCUCAACAGUGAGCGGCAAGUGUUCAAGAAGGAAGCUAUCGCUCAGCAACAGCAACAGCAACAGCACCAGCAACAUGGAGCCAGCUCGACCCAAAGCAACAAUCACUACACCGUCCAGAUACAGCACCAUCCGGGCAGUGCGGCCGGAACGCAUAGUUCCGUCAAAUACGUAACACCACUUCCGGUUCCAACGCAGACGCUCACCUACUCGAAAGAUCACGCCGCACCGCAACAACAGUACAUCAGUAUCCCGCAGCAGCCAUCCCAUCAUCAGCAGCACCACCAGCAUCAGCCGGUACCGCAGGUGCACGAGGAUCAUUCCACCUACACGGUUCCGUCCCGUCAAUCGCUGCUUCAGCCCGUCAUCGGUGGAGGUGCACCGGCCUCCCCCUACCUGACACCGCAACCGCAGUACGUGUAUGUGCAGGCCAGGCCCCAGCAGCAGCUGGCACAGUAUGUGGCCGACAACAAUCUGCCCCAAUCGCUGCUACACAUCCUGCCACAAAACUCGCAAGCUUAUAUCAUGAUUCCGACGCAGUACUACCAGCAGCAACCGCACCACGUCCCGUCCUCUCCAACCGGGCCCGCCCUGCCGUCCAUCGCAUCGCCGGCACCAUCGUCGGCACAGCCCCAUUCCGCCCAGCAGCUGGCCGCGUAUGUCAACGACCCGGACAACCACAUCCAAACCUACUCGCACGGUGAAACUGGAGCACAUUCACCGGUCGGUACCGGUCCCUCGACGGUCCAGCCUACGCCCCAGCCCGACGUCGUGUACGCUGCGUCCUCCACCCCUGCCCCACCCCGCCACCAGUCCCCGUCGGCGGAGUUUUCCAUCGUGAAGAGUGUUGAGCAGCCGGUCUACUUCUCACACGACCUUCCACCUGUGCAAUCGAAUAAGCUGCCCCAGCUAGCGGACGCCCCACAGCACCAGCAGCAGCACCAUCACUUCGUUGCGCCGCAGUUACACCAUCAUCCUGCUGGAAGACCAUUCCUGUCCCAUGGCCCACCUCCACAGCAGCAGCAGUUUCAUCAUCCCGCUGGUCCCGUAUCCCAUUACCCUGCAUACGUACAACAGCACGGACAUUCGGCGAGUGUUGCCGGUCCGACCCACUCAUUCGCUCCCCAGUUCUAUCCUUCGCUGGCACAUCCAAACAACGGCAUACUGAACUACUUCGGUGUACAGCAUCGUCCUCCGACCAGUCUGCUCGAUUCGUACGUUCCAUCGUCGCUGCAGCUAGCCAAAACGCCACUCUACACAACGAAGCUAACACCGCACGGCUUCGCUACACCGCAUCAACCCGUCCAUCAUGCCCAUCAUCAGCGACCGGUCCACUUCUAUCAACCUGGUGCUCCGGUGUAUCCCUUAAACCCUCUCCACACAACCAUUCUUCAACCGGCAGGAGGACAUACGCAGUCCUUACACAGUUCCGCCACCCAACCGCUCCUUGGACAGAUUCCAUCGGGUCCGGCAACCGCUCCCGGGUACAACACGAUCGCAUACUCCGUACCGCUAGCGUUCACGAAAACAUCCGCCCAAUACAAACGAUCGCCGGGAUUGUUUAGUGUGGCAGGAUUCCCGAAAUCGCCGGCGUUGGCCACAACCAAACUCCAACCGGCGAAGCAGUUCCAGUAGGUGGAACGCCACGUCCACGGUAUAGUCGUUAAUUUAUUUAGUUGAUAGAAUAAAAUCUGUUGCGCGAGUUGUUGUUGAA